AUCUUUUGCGGUUAAUGAAUGGGGAAAAAGGGGGAACUGAAAUUGGCCUCCCAUCUGCAAGCCCUUUCGCAAAAGCUGGAUGCUUUCUGAAUGGAGGCAUGGGUUAAGAAUACCCCGGCUCUUUAUUCUGCACUUUUUAGGUAUAUCUGAAUUUUGCAAUGCGAAUUUAAUUUUUUUACUCACUCCAAAGGCAAAACAAAGAUGAUAGCAAAUGCAUGGCAGCUCAACUACUUGUCCUGAAAGGAAAAGGGGGGAUGAUUUACCUCGGCACUCUGUCUCAUGUAAGAAGCAUCAAGUGUUAUGAUGUAGGAUUCACAGUUGUUUGCUAACCAUAUAGUAGAUGCUGACAGCAGCAACAUGCCAAAUUAUAGAUAGGUUGCAAGACCCACCUAAUCCAACAUACCUGCUACAUAUUUCUUCCACAUGCGGAUUCUGUUUUUUUUCUGUCAUAAGUAGAUAUCUUCCGCGGCUGAUAGAAUUGUCACUUUUCAUCCUUAAGAUAGCAACAUCAUUGAAAUUUCCUUUUCUUCUUUAACAUGAGCAGAGAGGUCUUUCUCUGUCCUUCAUUACAACAUAUUCUUCCUACUAUUCUCAAGGAAUCUAUUCUGAGAACCUCUUCCCUCACUUUCCCCUUCACCCUUGAGAGGCCAUCUCCAAUCCAUCACCCUACUAUUCCUUCAUACACAGGCCAUCAUCAUACGAGAUUGACAAUCAGCAAGGACGACUGGCAAGAACAUGCUGAAGAAAUUGUUGCCAAAGACUAAGAGCAAGAAGAAGAAGGACGCAACCUCCUCUGCGAUACCCACGUUGGAUCGGCUCCAUGAGGGACAUUGAUGAUAUUGAGAACGCCAUUGAUGCGGCAAACGAACAGACAGAAAAUAUGAGACAGAUACAAGAGGCACUUGCAACACCAGUUGGUGCUUCUGCUGAUUUUGACGAGGAUGAGCUAGAAGCAGAGCUGGAAGAUCUGGAGGAGGAAGAACUCGAGGAAGAGUUGCCUGCACCACCAGCGAGGAUAUCUGCGCAUGUGGAACCAUUGGCAAAGCAAACAUCAUCUUCUAUGCAGAGCAGUGAUUUGAGUGAACUGACCAAACUUCAGGCAGAGAUGGCACUUUAGUUGUAGCUUCAAGCUUGACUGACAUUGGGAGGGAUCCUGGUGCUUACUUGUAUGAAUGUUGUAAAUUCAGUUUGUUGUAGGAGAUCCGUGUCCGUUUGGACGGGUCAUUUGGAUCUGAUACGGUGCCGGUUGCGGGCGCGAGGCAAUAUAUUUAUGGUAACUAUAUUUAUUUAUUUGGUGCUGCC